AUGCCUCUCAAAGGUUUUUUCAAAAAAGCUACCUCAAGAGAGGUAUGGCUUGGUGACUACGACUAUGCUCAAUUGUUCGUUCCCAAAAUUCCAUUCAUGAAGCUUCCCCGGAAUCCGACCCCAUUCUUCGGUUUGGACUCGGAAAUGCCCAUUUUGUUAGGUAUGUUGCUUGGGUUCCAACACGCUUUGGCUAUGCUUGCCGGGGUGAUGACGCCGCCAAUGAUUAUGGCUCUGGCGGCCAACAUGGAAGGUGAACUCAUGAGCUACUUAGUGUCGGUAUCUCUUAUCGUCAGUGGUAUCCUUUCCUCCGUGCAAAUGGCUCGGAUCACUAUUCCUUUGCCCAAAGGACGCAAGCUUUACAUUGGUACGGGGCUCCUUUCAGUAGUCGGUACCAGUUUCUGUACCAUCACUACCGUAACUAAGGGGUUCGCUCAAUUGUAUGAGCAAGGUAUCUGUCCUACUGCUGAAGAUGGUACCAAACUCCCUUGCCCCACAGGAUAUGGUUACAUGUUGGCAUCGUCGUGUGUGUGCGCCCUCCUUGAAAUCUUCCUUGCCAUUGCUGUGCCGGCCAAGGUGCUCAAGAAGGUAUUCCCUCCCAUUGUUACCGGUCCGGUCGUGCUUCUUAUUGGUACACUGUUGAUUCAGUCUGGGUUCCAAGACUGGAUGGGUGGCUCUUCAUGUGUCGAUGCUGCCGUAUGCACCAUGGGUAAGGAAAGCUUGAGUAAACCUUGGGGAUCCGCUGAAUUCCUCGGUUUGGGGUUCUUGGUGUACGCCACUAUCAUCAUUGCUGAGCGUUGGGGGUCGCCAAUCAUGAAGUCUUGCGCUGUUAUCAUUGGGUUGUUGGUUGGUUGUAUUGUGGCUGCCGCCGUGGGUUACUUCUCUGCCGACAACGUCAACUCGGCUCGUGUUGCCACGUUCAUGUGGGUGCACACAUUCCCCCUCAAGGUGUACGGCCCAGUGAUCUUACCCUUCCUAGCAGUGUAUCUUGUGAUCAUGAUGGAAGCAAUUGGUGACAUCACUGCCACUUGCGAUGUGUCCAGAUUACCUGUUGAAGGUCCCGACUACGAAAAGCGUAUUCAGGGUGGUUUGCUCGCCGAUGGUUUGAACGGCUUGCUUGCUGGUUUGAUGACGAUCACCCCGAUGUCUGUGCUUGCUCAAAACAAUGGGGUGAUCUCUAUCACCAAAUGCGCCAACCGUAAGGUGGGCUACUGGGGAAGUUUCUGGAUGAUCAUCAUGGGGAUCUUUUCGAAGUUCUCCGGUGCCAUCGCCUCUAUCCCGUCACCAGUAUUCGGUGGUAUGACGUCAUUCUUGUUUACCCUGGUAGCAGUGCUGGGGAUCAAAAUUAUCAGUACCUCAGGGUUGAGCAGACGUGAUCGGUUUGUCCUUACAGCCUCGUUGUUGCCUGGUAUGGGGUCUGCUCUCGUUCCCGGCUGGUUCUCGAAAGUCUUCACCUACCACGGUGACAACAACGCUCUCAAAGGGUUCUUGAACGCCAUCAUCUUGGUUAUGGAAACUGGUUUCGCCGCCACCGGGUUCAUCGGGGUGUUGCUCAACUUGUUAAUUCCUCAAGAAGAUGACGAGCCUGAGGAAGUUGUGGAUGUGGAGAUUGUCGAUGGCUCGUCGCUGGUUGACGAGUACAAGAAGCCCGUUAACUAA